AUGGCAGACGCAAGCGACUUGUUUGAUUCGUCAUUGGAAGCAGUAAGAGAUACACUUUCGAUUGAUGAUCGCGCCUCCUUCCGCAAGUUUGCCAACCAUACGGCGAUGAUUGGAGAAAUAAGAUUGAUGAUGGUGAGGCAUGAGCACAAAAGCAGACUGACUGCUUGCUGCCGCAAGAUUGCCACCUUUUCCAAAGCGUUUGAGCCAUACUUCCAAGUCGUCGGUAUCUUCGUUUCGAUCAAACCAGAAUGGGCAGCUUGGUUCUGGGGAUUGAUUCGAAUUGUAUUCUUGCUGGGAAGCAACCUCGUCAAAUUCCUCGAGAAUGUCAGCGAUAUGUUUGAACGUAUUGCGUUCACCUUGCCACAAUACCAGACCUGGUUCGACAUAUGCCGGAGAGGCAUUGAUGCAAAGGACAACGAUCGCCUUGGGCAGGCAAUGUCCUUUAUUUAUGCGGACAUCAUUGACUUUUCACUCCAUGUGUAUCGUAUUUUCUCAAGGAUACAACGCGGAUCAACGCUCAUCAGAAGAACCACAAUGAGCGGAAGUUUGUUAUGGAAGCCAUUCCAGUCCCGCUUUCUGGACGUACUUGAGAGAUUGGAAAAGCACCAAGCAUGGUUUGAGACUGAGACUAUGAUUCAGCAGCAUGACUUAAUUACCCGACACCACGAAACAUUCCUUCAGUAUUUGAAGACAGCGGAAGAAAAAACAGCCGCGGAAACGCGGAAAGACCUCGCUGAACAGGAAAAAGCACAGGCAAAGCAAGUCGCCGCCAUAAGAGACUGGCUAUCAAGUCCCCGAUACCGUGAUGUCUACGAGCGUACCAGACAUUCCAUACACCCUAGUAGCGGUCAGAACUUUCUGCAAAGUCCCAGAUAUCUACUGUGGCGAGAUGCGGGUUUUGGUCACAAAGGCGCAGGGAGUAUAGACGAAGCAAGGGAAGACUGGCUGCAGCGAACGUUAUUUAUUCAGGCUAAGCCAGGGUUUGGUAAAACCUUCAUCUCAUGUCUUGUUAUCGAUGAUCUGUUGGAGAACGGCGACGCUCUUGUCCCGGACGAUCAAGAUACUCCAGCAGUGGCCUUUUUCCAUUUCUCAUCCACCGACAGGUGGGCUAGCCGCAGCCCAGUAGAUGCACUGCAAUCUAUUGCUUCCCAGUUGGUCAACUAUCACAGGAGAAACAAACUAACGAUUGACGCACUCGAAAUCCUCAUGAACGAGAUUGGCAGUGGGCAGCAUCAGGCUUCGAUGGACGAUGUUCUCGCAUUGCUGGGAAUAUUAUUACGACAACAUCCUACAUUUCUUGUUAUUGAUGCAGUCGAUGAGUGCGAAAAUGCCGUUACCUUCUUAGAGCUUCUGAAAAAGCUCUGUCGGUCGAAUGAUUGUCGGGUACUGUUGCUGAGUCGUCCGACUAUCACACUUCCUCUAUGGUUCACCUCGUUGAAGUCAGAGGAUGUUGAGAGUUGUGUUUUUUCACUCCCAGUAUCUCUCAAUUUCUCAGACAUCAAGAGCUUCCUCGACCACCAUCUCUCCUGCAUGGCUGACGGUCAUUUAUUUGGACUCGAUGAGACCAUAGACCUCGAAACUAUCUCGGUCGAUCUCACCAACAAUGCAAACGGAAUGUUUUUGUGGGCGCGUCUGUUGGUUAAUUAUCUUUAUUGCUCUGCUGUUACUCCCCUCGAGCGCAGAUAUGCAUUAUAUAACCCUGCAAGACUGGAAGGGCUGGAACAACUCUAUGAUUGCAUUCUCGAAGUUCUGGGAAAAUCGAGCCAAAAAGAGCAAACUGUCGCCGGGAAUGUCUUCCAUUGGAUCUCUGAUUCCCUGAUUCCGCUCAAUACACGGGCAAUGCAUACAGCCCUGGCGAUAGUACCGGGCACGCCAACGAACAAGUUGCACUACCUGAGUGAUUUUCCUGACUGCAUUCCGAUAAUUACUUGUGCGUUGGUCGAGAUCACAGAUGAUGCAAAUCUUUCUUUUAUCCAUCUGUCCUUCAAAGAAUACCUUGAAUCAAAAGAUGGUGCCUUUUCUCUCAAGGAUAAGGCGGUAGUCAACAUGCAUCUCGCAAUGCGAUGCCUUUCAUUCCUGGCCUAUGAUGUUCCUGCCAAGCCUCUCCAGCAGCCAAAGAGCAAGGUGGACGGUGACACUCCUCCACAGGCAGGCUGCGACCACCGGGAAGCAACGAUGGCAGAACAAGAACAGAUGUUGCGAUCAACUGCUCUCGAAAACAUGGAAAGGAAAUACCCCCUUCUUCGCUACGCAGCCCUUUCUUGGUAUACCCACCUUCAACGGGCUCAUCCCUUCGUCACUCCUGCGGAAGCCCAAAAGCUUUACAAUUCUCAGAGUGAGGGACCAUCAAAUACUUUGGAAAGAAAUGAUUCUUGGAUUCCGAUUCUGGCCCGUUUUCUGGUCCGGCGUUAUUCGGUCACAAUGUGGGUUGAAGCUUGUUGCGUUUUCCGAUUUCUACCUCGCCUGAACAAUCUCGCCACUGUCUUUGACUGUUUGAUGUAUUUUGGGUCGGCGGAUACCGCAGCUGGCCGUGAGUCCUGGUGGGUUGCACACAGCCUCCAACAGCUUGCUGGAGCGGUUGAACAUCUUCACGAAAGAUACAACGAAGCACUCAUGGAAAACCCUACACUAAUUUGGCAAAGUCAAAUUACGACCGCAAUUGAUAGGACUUUCUGGCCAGUCUGGGAUCAAAAGGAUGCAUGGAUUUCCCCCCAGGCGAACGGGCGCGAAGGCGAUGUGAACUCAGGCUUUCGACCGGAUUACCGGAAUAUCCAGGUUACGAACGAAGUCACCUACCCUACACCAGAGGGGCGUUGGAUUAUGAGGUAG